AUGCGCCUUCCAGUGACUCCGCAGCAGCAGCAGCAGCAGCAGCAGCGGCAGCAGGCGUUGCUGCACUCAACAUUCUCCCGCAGGUACAGGUUGCGACGUCGUCAGCAAGAGCUGCAACAGCAGCAGCAGCAACAGCAGCACCAGCAGCAGCAAAUGACGGCCGAUGUGCUUACUCUGGGAAACGGCAGCAGCAUCGACCGAAGCAGCAGCGACCGCAGCAGCAGCAACGUCAACCACAACAGCAGCAACAGCAGCAGCAGCAGCAGCAGCAGCACAGCAGUAUACGGCAGCGCCCACAUAGGACCAAGGAUGAACUGUGAGCGCCCUGCACCGUUAGCAGUACCUGCUUCGGCAGCAGCAGCAUCAGCAGCAGCAGCAGCAGCAGCAGCAGAUGCUGCACCUGCAGGGCCGGUUAGGAGGCGGCCCCCAGCUAGCCGCAUUCCUGAGUCUGCAAUUGCUGCUGCUGCUGCUUCGGACAGACUGCAGCAGCGGCAGCAGGCCACGGCAGGUUGA